ACACGGGACACAGGAAAAUCAAGUUUGAUCAGCGAAAUAUUUUUUUUAGUCAUCAAUUUAAAGUUCUGCAGUAUAUACGUGUCGGUAAUUAAUUGAAAUUGCCUUGAAACAUCGUGUGCGCAUCCAAUUUCCUAGUACGAGUGGUGAUAAGUGAUUAAUCUUUAGAUUAAGUAACAUACUAUCACAGCAAACUAAUUAAUUUCGCAAUGGUUAUAGAGAAAAUUUGCUGCUUAGGGGCGGGCUACGUCGGCGGCCCUACAUGCAGUGUUAUAGCGCUGAAAUGCCCGAAUAUCAAGGUAACUGUUUGUGACAAAAGCGAAGAGAGAAUACGCCAGUGGAAUUCUGAAAAACUGCCGAUUUACGAGCCUGGAUUAGACGACGUGGUGAGACAAUGUCGCGGAAGAAACCUAUUCUUUUCUACGGAUAUAGUGAACAGUAUUCAAGAGGCCGAUCUGAUAUUUAUUUCCGUGAACACGCCGACGAAAACGAUAGGAAACGGCAAGGGUAGGGCGGCCGAUUUGAAAUUUGUCGAAGGCGCUGCUAGAAUGAUAGCUGAUAUAGCUACGAGCAACAAAAUUGUCGUUGAGAAAAGCACUGUGCCGGUGAAAGCUGCGGAAAUAAUAAUGAAAAUACUUCGUGCUAAUACAGGGCCGGGAGUGCAGUAUCAGAUUUUGUCUAAUCCGGAGUUUUUGGCGGAAGGAACAGCUAUUGUUGAUCUGGUGGAGGCAGAGAGGGUGCUGAUUGGUGGCGAGGACACACCGGAGGGCCAGAGAGCUAUUCAGGAGCUGUGCUGGGUCUACGAACACUGGAUACCGGCAAAGAAUAUAAUAAAAACAAAUACUUGGAGUUCCGAGUUGUCCAAAUUAGCCGCGAAUGCCUUUUUGGCACAGCGGAUCUCGAGCAUUAACUCCUUGUCGGCUGUGUGUGAAGGUACCGGUGCUGAUGUCUCUGAAGUAGCCCGCGCUAUUGGCCGAGACUCCCGUAUUGGCCCGAAAUUCCUUGAAGCCUCAAUUGGCUUUGGAGGCAGCUGCUUCCAGAAAGACAUCUUAAAUCUCAUCUAUUUAUGUGAAAGCUUACAUUUGCCAGAAGUAGCAGCUUAUUGGCAACAAGUUGUAAACUUGAAUGAGUAUCAGAAGACCAGGUUUACUCGCAAAGUCAUUGAAGCAUUAUUCAACACUGUCAGUGAUAAAAAGAUAGCCAUACUCGGCUUUUCGUUCAAGAAAAACACAGGUGAUACCCGUGAAUCGCCUGCGAUUUGCGUAUCCAGCACUUUAUUAGACGAAGGUGCUAAACUACACAUAUACGAUCCAAAAGUUGAGUAUGAACAGAUCAUGUAUGAGCUAACAAACCCGUACGCAACAUCGGAUCCGGAGAAAGUGAAACGGAAUGUUGAAAUCCAUGAUUCUGCGUACUCAGCUGUAGCUGGGGCUCAUGCAAUUGUUUUGUGUACGGAAUGGGACGAGUUUAAGGAGUUGGAUUAUAAGAGAAUAUACGAUGUGAUGAUGAAGCCGGCUUAUAUGUUUGAUGGAAGGAAGAUAUUGGACCACGACAAGCUUCUGAGCAUCGGUUUCCACGUGCAGACAAUAGGAAAGAAAUUGGGAAGGGCUAGCAGUAUUAGAGCGCAAGGGAGUCAGACCAUGCCCUAGGGUUUAGGUUCCGUCAAAGAAGAUGCAGUUUCAAUUUCAAUAACACUUUAAAUCACUACCAUCUCAGCUGUAUUGAGUGCAUUGCUAAAUAUAAGCAGGACAUACAUACAUAUAGUCACGUCCAUAUCCCUUGCGGGGUAGACAGAGCCAAUAUUCUUGAAAACUGAUAGGCCGUGUUCAGCUUUUUGUCUUGAUGAUAGAAUGUUGAUGAAAGAAAUUUGAUGAUAGAAAUAUUUGCAAGACAUGUCCGAAAAAUUCCAUCCUGACGGGUUAGUAAAUAGAUGGCUAAUAAACUUGGGAUUAUUCUUGUAAAGAAUAGAAUAGAUUUAUUUUUGACUUAUUGACGUCACAUCACUUAAAUCUAAUUAUAACUACUGCCGCGUCCAAAGCGCAUGUGUAGAAGAAGUAGUGGAAAAAACUACACUGUACCAUUUUCACCGGACGUCAAUUUAUAAAUACAGAUCUCUUAAAUCUAAAUCGUGGACGAAUGCACAUUGUCUACAUUAAAAACAUGAAUGAAUGUAAAAAUAAGAAUGCGAUCGGCCAGCAACCUAUCACAAAAAGGUGGUUCUCAGUUUGACCUGUAUGUAUGUAUGUUUGUUCGCCAAUAUCUCGCGUUCGGCUGAACGUUUCUCGCGUUUCGCUUGACGUUUCUCGCGUUUAGCUGGACGUUUCUCGUGUUUGGCUGAACGUUUCUCGCCAUUAGUUUUUGAUGCGGUUUUCAGGAAAGUGUUUGUGUGCACUUAGAAAAGUUUUUAGUUAAUUAACCGACGUCAAAAAAGGAGGAUAUCGAUUGGAGGUUCUCGUUUUGAAAAAGUUAUUUUUACAACUGAGAUGUUAAUGGUAUCUUAUAUUGUAAUAUAUUUUUGUAUGCCUUUAACUGUAAGGAUAAGGACGUAUUAUUUUUAGAAUAAUUAUGUUAGUGACACAGUUAGAAUGAUGAUCAUUGUAUAAAAUACAUAUCUUUUUUUGAAUUUGUGGAAAAAAAAAUCAUUUAUUUAAGAAAAAAUAUGACGUCGCUUGAAUGACUUUUCUCAUUCCAUCUCUUUCAAAUUGAGCUGAUUAGAAAGAGAUUAUUACUCUUUGUGUUCUCCUCCGUUUUAGUAACAUUUGUAUUACAUCAAAGGUCAAUCUAGGUUAUUUCUUUUUUUUUUAAUGAUUAUAGAGUUUGUAUACGAGAUUGUGUGUUCAUCUUUGAAGUGUGCUAAUAUGAACUGAAUACUGUGUGGAUGGCCCGUGUAAAUAGGGCCAAUCCUGCGGGGAGCGUAACCGAAAAAAGAAAGAAGUGUGAGAAAAAGAAAUGGAAAAAUAUGAUAUAACUCAAGGCUAGACGACCGUAUAACUAGGCAGUUUAAAGGUACUCACCAAAAUCCACCGUGCAGAAGAAAUCCUCGCAGCGAGGGUUCUGGGAGGCUUCCAAGUUAUGCCGGCCGGCUAUUGUGAAGUCCUUGAAUAACACUGAUAAUGAAAAGAAGGGUCUUAUCGGUCCAACCACUGUGUCAUUAAAUAUGGAUUUGAAUUUAUUUUCAUUUACCUUGUAAGAGUGCUGUAUUUUAUUUUUAAAUUGCGUAUUUGUCACAAAGUAUAUUUUAAUUAUUUCUUAUUUCAACUUGACCGGUUUUUAACAUUGUUUAAGUUAUUUUUAAUUACCCCGUGGUGUAGUUGUUGGCACGCCCACUCUCGCGCGGGAUGAUCUGGGUUUAAAUUUAGUUUAGUUAUAUAAUUUGUUAUAAAAAAAAAAUUGUGCACUAAGUCGCAGAAUAUUCGGACACAGUACGCUCAUUUAUUAGCGAGAUUUCGUCUGAAUACGCUUGGACUCCUUUUUUAAAUUUAUUUAUGUACACAUAAUUAUAUACAGGAGUAUUUAAUACAGUAAUUCUAGUACAGAGUUGAUACUUAUUUCAAUAGAAAUCUCUUCCAGUAGACCCGUGAGAGGAGAGAUGAAUUUUGGAGCGGUAUGGCGUGUGCAUAAAUAUCGUUUAACAUAUUUAACUUAACAUACAUGCUAACACUUACAUAAUUAACCAUGGAAUAAUAAAAUAAAUGACAAUAAUAAACUUUUUAUUUUUGUUGAAUAAAACGGUAAACUUUUGACUCCCUAUUUUUUUUUUCUAAUUAUUUGGAACAAGAAUCAGAUUUUAAAUUCCCCCUUUUAAUAUGCAACGCGAUUUAUCAGACACCCUGUAUAUGUAGAGGAAGCGACGGAACGAACAAUAACUAAUAAUAUGACAGAGUAUGCUUACCUUACCCAUGGUGGCAUGGAAAAGGCGUCGGAUAAAUGCUUCACAAAAUUUUCAUAUACAGAAUAAUUGUACAUUUUAAUACAGUUCUUCGUAUACUUUUAUUUACUAUACCAUGGAUCGCAUGUUAAUAUUGUGGAUUCAUUUAAAUUUACUUAAUUGUCAUUGUCAAAAUUAAUCAAAAGAUGUUAAAAGCUGGUCGACCUGUAAACUGAAAGAGAAUCUUGUGGCUCAAUAUUAUUUUUCUUAGAUUUACAUUUAUUUUUUGUAAUCUGUUCGAAUUUAAAUUUUCCUAUUUAGCGUUAAGUAAUUAUGUAUGUACGAGAUAUACUUAGUUUUAUUUUAUUUUAAUCGACUGCCUACCUUUGUAGGUACAAGAAUUAUAAAUUGCAAUAAGUAUUCAUCAUUUUUAAAUAGUAAAUUGCAUUAUAAAUGUAACUAAAUUAAAAAAAAGAAAUAUCUUUUUAAAGUAUUAUUAUUAAUUUGUAGCCUAAAGGAGAAAACUAUGAUAAAAAAUCCAUUAAAAACUAAUAAAAGAAGCCUUUUUUACACAUUUCUUUUUAUAUUGUACUAAAAAAAUGUAACUGCAUUUAAUUUUUUUCCGAGACGAUACAAAAUUGUAAUGUACAAUCCCGCACAUUCAUAAUAUGUUGAUUUUAUUUAACAUUUCAAACAAAACGUGCAAUCUAAAUGAAUUGGCCGUCACUGCCAUUAAUGUAGUUAGUAUUAUUUUAAUUGCAAAAUGUAUUACUUAUGGUUUAAGAUUAAAUAUAUAUUUAUUUUAAAAAA